AUGCGAAUGCGACCAUGGCUGGUGCAGCGGCAAUGUCUGUCGGCCUCGAGGCCGGCAGCUCUUGGAGGUAGCCUCUGCCUUCGAACUCUUUCUUCCCUCUCCCCGACGACGACGACGACGACGACGACGACGACGACCCGACCGAUAACGACGAGAAUAUCCUCCCUUCCUCCAUCUCGACAACCUCUCCUCCCGCCACCAAUACCCCAACUCCGCCGGGCGGCAUCCUCAACCCCCACAACCAAAGACGGCCCCCUAGAACGAAAAUCUGCCUCCCUCGAGGAGCGGAUCUCCAAAAUCCCCAUAUCCCGCUAUCGCAAUUUCUGCAUCGUCGCGCACAUCGACCACGGGAAAUCAACACUUUCCGACCGCCUGCUCGAACACACGGGCACCAUCCUCCCUGGUCAAGACAACAAACAGGUCCUGGAUAAACUCGAUGUUGAGAGGGAAAGGGGGAUAACGGUAAAGGCGCAGACGUGUACGAUGAUAUGGAACUACCCCAAGGAUGGCCAGGAUUAUUUGCUCCAUCUAGUUGACACACCCGGGCAUGUUGAUUUCAGGGCGGAGGUUACGAGGAGUUAUGCCAGCUGUGGGGGAGCGAUCUUGCUCGUGGACGCCAGUCAGGGGGUUCAAGCCCAAACGGUGGCGAACUUUUAUUUGGCGUUUGCCCAGGGGCUGAGUCUAGUGCCGGUGGUCAACAAAGUCGAUCUGCCCACUGCUGAUGUGGACAGGGCGUUGGGGCAGAUGGAAGAGGUGUUUGAGUUGGAUUGCAAGGAUGCUGUGAAAGUCAGCGCGAAGACGGGGAAGGGGGUGGGGGAUAUCCUACCGGCUGUGGUGGAGAGGGUGAGGGCGCCCGAGGGGGAUUUGGACAAGCCGCUGAGGAUGUUGUUGGUGGAUAGCUGGUAUGACACCUUUCGGGGGGUGGUGCUUCUGGUGAGGGUGUUUGACGGGACGGUGAGGGCGGGGGAUCGGCUGGUUAGUUUUGCGACGGGGAAUGAGUAUGCUGUUGGGGAGGUGGGCAUACAGUAUCCUGGGGCGGUGCCGCAGAGGUGCCUGAGGGCGGGACAGGUGGGGUAUGUGUUUUUUAAUCCGGGCAUGAAGAGGAUACAAGACGCGAAAAUAGGGGAUACGUUUACUGUCAAAGGGAAAGAAAAGGAGGUGGAGGCGUAUCCUGGGUUUGAGGAGCCGAAGCCGAUGGUUUUUGUGGCGGCUUUUCCGACGGAUCAGGGGGAUUACGAGAAGUUGAAGGAUAGCAUCGGGCAACUGGUGCUGAAUGACAGGAGUAUCACUCUGCAAAAGGACCAUUCCGACGCGCUGGGGGCGGGGUGGAGGUUGGGGUUUUUGGGGAGCUUGCACUGUAGCGUUUUUCAGGACCGGUUGAGGGGGGAGUACGGGAGUGAUAUCAUUAUUACGGAGCCGGCGGUGCCGGUCAGGAUUGUCUGGAGUGAUGGGAAGGAGGAGAUCAUCACCAACCCGGCUGAGUUUCCGGAUGGGGAGGAUCACAGGCUGAAAAGGGCGACGCUGUAUGAGCCGGUUGUGGCGGCGACGAUCACGCUGCCGGAGGAGUACUUGGGGCGGGUGAUGGAGCUUUGUGAGAGCGUGAGGGGGGUGCAGAAGAGCGUCGAGUUUUUCAAUGCCACGCAGGUCAUUCUCAAGUAUGAGUUGCCGACGGCGAGUUUGGUGGAUGACCUGUUUGGCAAGUUGAAGGGGGCCACGAAGGGGUAUGCGACGCUGGAUUAUGAGGAUGCGGGGUGGAGGGAGAGCAACCUGGUGAAGCUGAACUUGCUCGUGAACAAGGAGCCGGUGGAUGCUAUCGCGAGGGUGGUGCACAGCAGCCAGGUGGAGAGGUUGGGGAGGCAGUGGGUGACCAAGUUCAAGGAGCACGUUGACAGGCAGAUGUUUGCUGCACGCCAGCGACAUUGGCCGAAGAGAAAACUGCUCGACAAGCAAAAGGCCGGUCGCAAGAGGUUACGAGCUGUGGGCAACGUCGUGAUUGACCAAUCGGCGUUCCAGAAGUUUUUGACAAAGUGA